UUGUGAUUUGUCUCCAAUACUCCCUCAUGUUGCCUCCAAAGGCUCUCUUAUUUCCCUCUUCCUUCAGUAACCACUAUAAUAUGAGUUUUGUUAGCUUCUUGAUUAUACUCAUCCUCCUCUUCCCCACACUUGCUGAUGCAGAUUGCAACCCUGAUGAGAAAGAUUCCCUCUUGUCCUUCGCAACCAACUUUCCCAACCUCAACUGGUCUUCUACCGAAGAUUGCUGCUCAUGGGCUGGAAUCUCUUGUGAUGACAAAAGAUAUCGGGUCAUCCGGUUAUCCAUCCCUGAUAGAGCCCUUCGCGGUGUCAUCCCUUCUUCUCUUCAAAAUCUCACCUCUCUCUCUUUCCUCAACCUGUCUUGUAAUUUCCUUUCUGGUCCCAUCCCUGACGGACUUUUCUCCUCUUUCAACAACCUGCACACCAUUGACUUGAGCUAUAAUAGGCUUUCUGGACACUUACCUCACACCUGGCCUCCUACCCUUCAAGUGCUCAAUCUCUCCAGCAAUCAUUUCAAUGGGACAAUUCAAACUACCAAUCUCCAUUCGUUUCAAAGCAUGAUCACUCUUAAUAUUAGCAAUAACAGCUUCACAGGCACUAUUCCUCCUUCUGUAUGUUCCAAUUCACCGUCUUUAGUCAACCUUGAUUUCUCUUUGAACCACUUCACUGGAAAUAUCCCCCAAGGGUUCGGUGCCUGUUCAAACCUUGUGGUUUUGAGCCUGGGUUCUAACAGACUCACAGGACAGAUCCCAACUGAUAUCAGUUGUGCUCUAUCUCUGCAACAUUUGUUAUUACAGAGAAAUUAUCUUAUGGGCAAGAUUGAUGGAAGCAUUACAAACCUCACAAACCUUAGGAGUCUUGUCUUGUCUGAUAACAUGUUAUCCGGUUCCAUCCCUCGUAAUAUCGGGAAGCUAUCAUUGUUGGAGAAACUGGAACUUGACGAUAAUCUUCUCAAUGGAACGCUACCUUUGUCAUUGGUGAAUUGCACGAAGCUUCAACUGCUUAUCUUUAUUGGAAUGAAAUUCGCUGGUAUAGAUCAGAAUGUUUAUGAUGUUCAGAUAAUGAAUUGGUGAAUCUGAAUGAUACAUACAUCGUUUACUAUAUACAACCGAGGGGUUUAAGAAUAACCGCCCUUAACUUAGGUUAACCCUAUUAAUAAUAGAAAAACAUAACAGAACUUAUGUUAUACCUAAUAUAAAUACAUAUAAACUUAUAAUAUGAUCUAGCUUAAUACUUGUCUCGGUCUAAUACCCUCCCGUAAGCUAGAUCAACUUCUAGUUGACUCUUCUGGAUAGCCUUCACAUAUCUGCAGUUGACUCUUUAAUCUUGAAAAACUUUUGUAUUGCAGAGCUUUAGUAAGAAUAUCUGCAAUUUGAUUUCCUGUGGAGCAGAAGCAGACAUCAACAUUGUUAUUCUUGAUCAGAUCCCGAAUAAAGUGAUAUUUGAUCCUUAUAUGUUUGCUCUUGCCAUGAAACACAGGGUCCUUAGCUAGGCAAAUUGUAGACUUGUUAUCACAGUAUAUAGUUACUGGAUCCUUGAUCCCUUCUUGAAGUUCAUCUAGAAUCCCUUUGAUCCAAAGUGCUUGGCAACCAGCCAUGGAUAGAGCAAUGUACUCGGCUUCUGUUGAUGACAAAGCCACUACUUUUUGUUUCUUCGAUUGCCAUGCUAUCGUUCCUGUUCCUAAUUGAAAAACAUAUCCUGAUGUGCUCUUGCUAUCAUCAACAUUCCCUGCAUAAACACUAUCGCUAUAUCCAAUUAGUGUUCCUUUGCCUCCUUUUGAAUAUACAAGUCCUUGAUUUAAUGUUCCUUUGACAUAUCUAAGUAUUCUUUUCCCUGCUUCCCAGUGACUUCGUUUGGGUUGCUCCAUGAAUUGACUUAUUUUGUUUACUGCAAACAUUAUGUCCGGCCUUGUGUUGGUUAAGUACAUAAGACUUCCAACUAAUCUCCUAUAUAGAUUUGGAUCUACUUCAUCGUCUGGAUCAUUUUUGGACAACCGUAAUCCAUACUCCAUUGGAGUUGAAAUUCCAGAGCAGUUCGACAUGUUGAACUUGUCCAAUAAACCUUUUGCAUAUUGUCGUUGAGAUAAGAGGAUGUUCCCAUUGUCGAAUAACACUUCCAUUCCCAGAAAGUAAUGUAGGAUCCCCAUAUCGGUCAUUUCAAACUCGGUUUUCAUUAAGUCUUUAAAAGAUUCAAGAUUUGUUAAUGAGUCACUUGCAACUAUAAGGUCAUCUACGUACAGACAAAUGAUUAAUUUCCCUUCCUUGGAUAUUUUUGUAAAUAAAGUGUGUUCGUAAGUACACUUCUUGAAACCAUUUUUGGUAAAAUAUCCUUCUAUUCUACUAUACCAUGCCCUUGGAGCUUGUUUUAAACCAUACAACGCCUUUUUUAGCUUACACACCUUUUUUUCCUUUCCUUUCACAACAUAUCCUUCCGGUUGUUCGAUAAAGACAUGUUCUUUUAGAUAUCCAUUUAAAAAGGCAGUUUUUACAUCCAUUUGAUGUAAAUGCCAUCCAUGUUGUGCUGCUAGUGCAAGUACAAGUCGAACAGUAUCAAACCUGAUAACGGGUGCAAAGACAUCUUGAUAAUCUAUUCCAUACUUCUGAUUAUAACCUUUUACGACCAACCUCGCUUUGUGUUUACUUAUUUCCCCAUGUUCAUCAUACUUGGUCUUAUAUAUCCAUUUAACACCUAUUGGUGUUUGAUUCGGAGGUGGAUCUACUAGCUCCCACGUAUCAUUUUUUGUGAUUGAUUCCAUUUCUUUAUCCAUGGCGUCUUGCCAAAUUGCUUCUUUGCUUGCUUCAACAUAUGUCGUAGGAUCCGUAUCCGCAUAUAAAACAAAAUUUACCACUCCAUUUGAGCGUCCUUGUUCUUUCUCAUAGAGUUCCCUUACUUGUGCAUCGGUUAGCUCUGUGGAGUCUUGAUACACUUGAGUUAUUGCCUUGGUUCUAAUGACUUCGUUUUCCGAGUCUGAUGAGGAGCCAGUAUCUUCAUGGUUAACUGUUUCUUCAAUAUUUCCCGAAUUUUCAUUAUGAUUUAUGUCAUCAGAUUGCGUGUUGUCCUCUUCAUUUAUCUCUAAUUCUGUAAUCAUGUCAUCCACUGCAAUCUGCUUGUCAUCUUCGCUUGCGUUACCGAUCUCUAUGCAAAACUUACCAUUAUCUGUUUUACUAGUUAUCCAGUGCUGAUUUUCACUGAAUAUCACGUCUCUACUAACAAUCAUUCUGUUCGUUAUUGGGUUGAAUAACUUGUACGCUUUGCUGUGUUCGCUAUAACCGACAAAGAUGACCCGUUCAGUUUUAUCAUCCAGUUUGUACCGCUUCUGCUUGGGAACAUGUACGUAGGCGAUACAGCCAAACACGCGAAGAUGUUCUAUAUUUGGUUUCCUUCCACUCCAUACUUCUUGUGGGGUUAUCUUCGGUACGCUUUUAGUGGUUGCCCGAUUUACCAGAUAGGUAGCACAGGCUACUGCCUCGGCCC